UAAAUUCAGUGUGUACCCACUUCCAUGCUCUCUACUCCUUGCAUAAAAAAAAUUCCACAUCUUUCCACAUUUUAAUUAAUACAGAGAAGGUACAUUAGGUCAAAAAUGGCGGACGGAAGAGGUGGUGAUUGCAAUAGUGAUACCGCAGUUAGGCCGAUUCGGAAAGUGCUUCUCAUUUCCGCUGGAGCUAGUCACUCCGUUGCUCUUCUCUCUGGAAAUGUUGUUUGCUCAUGGGGAAGAGGAGAGGAUGGUCAGCUUGGCCUUGGGGAUGCUGAAGAUCGAUUUUCUCCAACUCAGGUGAGUGCAUUGGAUGGGCAGGAAAUAGUAUCUGUCACUUGCGGAGCUGAUCAUACAACUGCUUACUCGGAGGCCUUAAAGCAAGUCUAUAGCUGGGGAUGGGGUGAUUUUGGGAGAUUGGGUCAUGGAAACUCCAGUGAUUUGUUCACUCCUCAACCAAUUAAAGCACUUCAUGGUAUACACAUUAAGCAGAUUGCAUGUGGAGAUAGCCAUUGUCUUGCUGUUACCAUGGGAGGCGAAGUGCAGAGUUGGGGGCGAAAUCAAAAUGGCCAACUAGGCCUUGGAACCACGGAGGACUCUCUUGUGCCUCGAAAAAUUGAAGCUUUCAAGGGAAUACCCGUAAAGAUGGUUGCUGCCGGUGCUGAACAUACAGCUGCUGUUACAGAAGAUGGUGAACUCUAUGGUUGGGGUUGGGGUCGAUAUGGUAAUCUGGGCUUAGGUGACCGAAAUGAUCGCUUGGUUCCAGAAAAAGUUUCAGCCGAUGUGGGAGAAAAGAUGUUCAUUGUUGCAUGUGGUUGGCGUCAUACUAUCUGUGUAUCCUCUUCUGGUGCUUUAUAUACGUAUGGCUGGAGCAAAUAUGGUCAACUAGGACAUGGUGAUUUUGAGGAUCACCUCUCUCCUCAUAAGGUUCAAGCUUUGCAUGGAAGUUUUACUUCUCAGAUAUCAGGUGGUUGGAGACAUACCAUGGCACUUACUUCUGAUGGAAAACUCUAUGGUUGGGGUUGGAACAAGUUCGGACAAGUUGGUGUUGAUGACAAUUGUGAUCAUUGUUCACCUGUUCAAGUAAAAUUUCCACAUGAUCAGAAAGUAAUUCUGAUUUCAUGCGGUUGGAGGCACACACUUGCUGCUACAGAAAGGCAGAAUGUCUUUUCCUGGGGAAGAGGUACAAAUGGUCAGCUAGGUCAUGGGGAGUCCGUUGAUAGGUAUGUCCCAAGGAUUAUAGAAGUGUUAAGUGUUGAUGGAUCAAGUGGACAACAAAUCAGAUCUUCGACGGUUGACCCAUCAGCAGCUGAAAAAUCUUGGGUUUCACCUACGGAGAGAUAUGCUGUUGUUCCAGAUGAAAACCUGCCAAGACAAACAGUUAUUCCAGAAAGAGGAACUGGAAACGAUGUAAAUGUGCCGGAAAAUGAUGUGAAAAGGAUUCGAUUAUGAGAUUUCUAGCAGUGGAUGGUGGACUGAUACCUUCUAUUAAAACAAUAGUUGAUAUCUCUUAUCUAAAGUUGCAAAUCUUACAUUUUAUUUUUGGGUUUCAUAACACUUAUCACGAGCAUGGCUUAGCUUCACGUUGUUGUCGUGUCAGGACUGGUUUUGUUUCACUUAAACUUCUAAAGUUAGAAGGAGAAUUACUAUUUAGACGUAUCUCCGAUUGUAACUGAUGGUUAAGUGCUUACAUGAAGUCGCAUUAAAUGUAGUUCUAAUCACCAAGGUGGGUAGUUUUUGAAGCUUAAUAAAUUUUGAUAUUAACAAGGAAA